AUGAUCAAAACAAAACCUUGGAUCGGUGGAUCUGACGAAGAAUAUGAAACGCAACACUUUGGUUUUGGAGCACAACGCCUUAAAAUAGCAGUGCGACAAAUGGUGGAACAAAAAAUAACGUCAGGUGUAAAAGACAUGGAAUCUUACUUACAAGAAUCAUUGGAUCUCAACGAGACAGAUAAAACUACGUUGACAAAGUCGUGCGACAAACUGAUACAGUUAUAUUGCGAUCGAGCAGGUCCAUCCCUGGACAUAAUAGAUGAAGAGAUUGAAAGAGUUUUGAGAAUACCUCCUAACGUUUUACUUCCUGAAGACGAACCUCAGUUAGAACAAACAUCGGAUGAGGAUUUUGUAAAACUGAAGGAGGAGGUUGCUGAUCUUAGAAAACGUGUUGAACGAGGAGUUCUUAUGGAAGUGCUACUCAAUGCGGAGGAGGAAGAACUUGCUACUGUUGAAAAUGUGUGUGAAACCGCUAAGAAAGAUAUGGAAGUUCUUGAUUUGCUCUAUAAGAGUACUUGCAAUAAUGAAAGUUUAAAAACAAUUCAACAUGAAACACAAUUUUUAUGUGCAAGGGCAUCAUUUGCUAAAAAAUAUCCUUCAAAUAUAUUUGAUGAGUGA